UUCUUAAAAAUGAAAUAGAUAACUUGAAAAAUUAUAACGCCUGCAAAAUUGUAAUAGCAAGCAAAAUAUAAAAUGAGUAAAACUUGGAAAGCACAAAUAAAAUGACUCAUAUUAUAAUUGAAUAUGAAGGUACAAAAAUUUGGCUUAGAGAAUUUAUCAAUAACCACGGGAACAUAGCGUAAUAAAGUACACCCGCCAUUCUGACUGUCAGGAUGGCGGGUGUACUGUUUUUUGAUGAUAACUUUACGUACCGUGAGGUACAAUUUUUUUUAAUGGAGGUACUAAAUAGUACAAAUUAGGUACAAAAAUAUGGUAUGCUUUUCAAUUAUUUUUAUUUAGGUACACCCGCCAUUCUGACUUUCACGUAUUAAAGUUUGGUUCUGCAUUAUGAAUCGUUGACUACUUUUCUAAAUAUUAAGUGAGUCCUUUAUGUCACAGAAAAAUAAACUCCCUAUGCGCAAUCUCCAUUUGAAUUUGUAACAGAACUUGCGGUGGACAAUUACGUUGAAUGCCCCAGUAGUAAUAUUCAAUGUCAACGGACAAUUUGCGAGGUGAAAUGUACGAAUUCAUUAGAUUCGCACUUGGCAACGUUUUAUUCAGCAUUCUUAAUUUAAAAAUUGCUGUACAAAUGAUAGCACAAUCGGAUUAAGAGCAACCUCGAAAUCUCUAGAACAGUCAUGAAAUUCGUUAUGUAUAUAAAUUAGGUUGGUUUAAUUUUUCUGUAAUAAAACAAGUGUAAACAAGUUGUGAAGGGUAAGAGGAAUCUACCGAUAUGUCAUUUAAAAAAAUCCGUCCAGUAUCCUAAGCUACUUUCUGGUUAAGUCGUAGUCGAGUAAAAUGUUAAUAUUGGGGUAGAUCACGUACAAAUGUAUAGUAAAAAGUGGAAUUCCUAUUCCUCCGAGUUUUCUAUUAAGAGAAUGUCCCCUGCAAGUGUAUAAGCGCUUAAUCUGGGUUCAACAAGUGAUUUUAAUAGCAAGAUGUAUUUUUUCCGCAGAGAUGUCUGGGACUUUUUAUUAUGCGUAGAAUUUAAUAAGCUUGAAUGUUACACGAUAUUUUUGUGAAGAACGUAGAUUUUGAGUAAAACGCGAAUUUCUCCUGGAUGGUACACAUUUUCCAUGAUGGCUGCGAUUCCUCGAGGUUCCCAAAUGUCAAAUGGUGUAGCCAUGAAAAGGGGGCCUUUAAUUUAUAUACAUACCAAAUUUCAUGACUGUUCUAGAAAUUUCGAGGUUGGUCUUAAUCCGAUUGUGCUAUGAAUGAAAACCCCGAACAAGUGUAUAAAUAUAGGGUCAUGCGAGCUCGCAUUGAGAACUCCGAUCAGUACAUUGGGUGCCCGUCUUGAGAUCAGAUCAGAUAUUUAGCGUCAUUUGACUUUACUUGUCUUAGAGUUUUCCUUGCUUUGUCUUAAAUGCCUGGAAUUGGUUGUCUGUCUGAUCCAAAAAAAUAGACAUUCCUUGUGCGGUCUUCAACGGUGCGUAAAUUUCGGGACUCUCAAACGUAUAGAAGAGUUGAAGAUGCGGUCGUUUGUGUAUGCUGUGGUUGCACUGUGCUUGACCGUCUCUGCUGCACCGUCAGAGAAGAAGGUAUUGGCUGAAGUCGUCGAGCGUCCGUUAGCGCCGUGGAACGCCUCGCCGCCUCCCACACCUAGCGAGCCAAGAUACGAAGACUCGCUCUGCCAACGGCGUUCUUUCAACCUGAGCUUUGCCGACUUGGGCUGGGACUGGGUCAUCGCACCGCCGCACUACGACGCGGGCUUCUGCGCGGGCACCUGUCAACUUCAACGCCUAUACCCGUACGCUUUCAUGUUACUCAAGCUGAAAGAUAACAAACCGUGCUGCGUGCCAACAAAAUUCGAGUCUGUCAACAUGGCGUAUUAUGACCACGACAAAACUAUAGUCACCGGAAAUAUUCCGUAUAUGAAGGUUAAGACUUGCGGCUGUCGCUAAGACAUCGGACUCUCUACUGAUUUCCUAACAGCACACUUCAUUAUUUUUCCUAGACGCUAAAAGUAUAUAAUAUUACGCAUUGUAACCAAUUAAUUUUAGCCAUAUUAAACUACCUACAAUUUCGCAGCA